CCACGGGGGCUUGACGGAGCUAGUGCAGAGGCAGCAACCAAUGCGAAGACGCCUCGGUGGCGCGUGUCGUGACGUCACGACAGGCGGGGCCUCGGCCGCCGGGGGCGGGAGUUUGAAAUCAGAGCCGCGGAGGCGGCCCGGGGGCCGCUUCACGCCUUGGGCGGCGCGUUACUUCAUGUGUUUCCCCGCCCCCCCCGCCCGACCCCGGCCGGCCCCGACCUUCCCCGACGCCCUCGCCCGGCGCUGCGUGGACGGGAGCCCGGGCCAGCGGGAGCGAGCGGGCGGGUCGCGCCGGGCGACGGAGGUCCCGGGCUGCUCGCCGGGGUUCGCCUGGGCCAGCGGAGAGGACCGAGGAGCCUGAGCAGGCUUUGUUUUAAACCCUGCCUGAAAAUACAUUCUGCUUUUCUGAAUCAUAUACAGAUCUGAAUAGUUCAGCAGCUUUCAAGAGGACACAGCCAGGGGGGUCCAUUUGAGGAGCCUAAUAGAAACUCAGGGUGAGACACUAUUAGUUUCUGGGCUUUCCAGAGUGGAUUCCUCUUGGUUGGGCAACAAUCCAGAGAAAGUAUUGCUAUCUUCUUGCACUGAGGUUGGGGGGGGUCGUGGAUCUCUCAUUCUCAUACCAAAAAAAAUACAUUUUUGAAAAAUAUAUUCCUGUAUCCUCAACUAUUUAGAAUACAUCUAAACAUUGAGAGUCUGCUGCUUAUUAAAUUAAAAUUAUGAAGUCUAAAACCAACUGUGCUCAUAAUCCAACUUGCAGCAUAAUGAUUUUUCGUCCAACCAAAGAAGAGUUUAACAAUGAUUUUGAUCAAUACAUUGCUUACAUGGAAUCCCAGGGUACACAUCGGGCCGGGCUGGCCAAGGUGAUCCCCCCGAAAGAGUGGACGGUCAGGCACUCCUCCUAGCGCCUCCUGAUCGCCUCACCCCUGCAGCAUGUGGUUUCCGGCGGGGCAGGUGUCUUUACCCAGUACCAUAGGAGGAAGAAGGCCAUGACAGUGGAGCAGCACCCGCUGGCCAGCAGCAACAAAUACCGCACCCCCCCACACCUGAACUUUGAAGAUCUGGAACGAAAGUACUGGAAGCAUCGCCUGUAUGAUUCACCGCCAAUUUAUGGCGCAGAUGUGAGUGGCUCCCUAUUUGAUGAGGGCACGAAGGAGUGGAACCUGGGCCACCUGGGGACCAUCCAGGACCUGCUAGAGCAGGAGUGUGGUGUGGUGAUUGAGAGGGUGAACACACCCUACCUGUACUUUGGUAUGUGGAAGUCUACCUUCGCCUGGCACACAGAGGACAUGGACCUGUACAGCAUCAACUACAUGCACUUCGGGGCCCCCAAGACAUGGUAUGCAGUGCCCCCCCCCCCCCCCCCCCCCGCACAGGGGCAGCUCCUGGAGUGCCUGGCCUGAGAACUCUUUCCCCGCAGCGUCCAGGGCUGCGAGGCCUUCCUCCGGCACAAGCUAGCCCUGAUCUCGCCCCACUUGCUCCGGGAGAAAGGCAUCCCCUUCGGCCGCAUGACCCAGGAGGCCGGGGAGUUCAUGGUCACCUUUCCCUACGGGUACCACGUGGGCUUCAACCACGGCUUCAACUCGGCCGAGGCCAUCAACUUCGCCACUCUGCGGUGGAUCGACUAUGGCAAAGCAGCCUCACAGUGCAGCUGUGGGGAGGCCAGGGUCAGCUUCUCCAUGGACGCCUCUGUGCGCAUCCUGCAGCCAGAGCGGUACAAGCGGUGGAAACAUGGGAAAGACCGGGCCCUGGUGGACCACAGGGAGCCCACAGGGCCGUUGCUGACCUUCGGGCCAGCGCUAACCCCCAGGCCACAGGUGAUGCCUAGGAGGGAUGUCCAUGUCUCCAAAAAAGCUUCUCUGGGACACAGGCAUCUUCCCCUAGGCUGGACGCCGCAUCCCACUUUGCCUCUGGCCACAGACACUGGAAGCUGUUGCAAAAGCCAGGUGCGCCAGGUGACUGGCAGAGUGUCAGCUUCCAGAGGGUCCGCCCACCUCUCCCAGAAGCGUGGCCGAGCCCCUCUGCCAUCCUUAGCCCCAUCUUUCCCUGAUCUCCAGGGAUCACAGGGCCUAAGGGUCCAGCCAAAAGGCGUUUGGGCAAAGUGAGCCCAACUAUAGACCCAGAGCUUGCCUCUCUGCCCGGGCCUGGAGUGUUAAUGGUCAAACCUGUUUCCUUGAGUCCCGGGCCACAGCCCCCUGCCAUGGCUUCCAGAUGCUGCCUGGCCUCUGGCCCCUAAGCCAAGGGACUGCCUCUGUAGGAGCUCACUGAGGCUGGCCAUGGGUCCAUAGCACUGGCUGCUCUGGGAACCCGCUGGCCAUGCAUGGGAGAGCUCCUCCUGUUGGAGCCCCAGGAAGCUGCUGAUCCCUUGGUGGUUACUAAGGUCACCAUGCUUCUUCCCAGAUUUUGUAAUGACUUUGGUAACUUUCCCCCAUGGAGCACUUUCUUGUCCCUCAGAGCUAGGGGCUGCUGAGACUAUCCAGACCUGGUCUCCCACAGCAUCCCUCCCUCCAAGAGAGGUACUGAGGAAUGCUGCUGCGUUUGGGCUCUCCUUCAGUUUCCCUCCUCCAUUCUGUACCCUCACCUGUAAUACAGAUGAGGCACUUUUCACCAAAUAGGUCAGUGUAGUCAGAGAAAUACAUGACCUUUCUAGCCGCUGAUGUAUUUAAAAUGUGUUGUCCCAUACUUGUUCACAACUAUAUUGAAGUUAUGUAACCAAAAUGUUAAGAUGUGUCUUUCUAACACUAUUUUCAAAUAAGGAGGAGGAGGAAGGCAGAUGUCAUUUUUUAGGCAAUGUAUUAACUUUUUCUUUAGGCCAUUUGCAUUCUAUGGUGAGAUGAGUGAGUUUGGGGGUGCGCUAGCUAUCUAGCUGGCUGGGAUAGGCUUGUCCUGUCCCCUGAGGGUC